AUGAGGGAAAUUUUGUUAUUUUAUUUUUGGCCUUUUAUUAAUCAGGUGGAGAGUGCAAGAGAAAUUGUAGAUCUAAACCAGGAGUUGUUUGAUGCUGGAAACAAGAUAGCUUUAUAUUGGUUUGGUCCUGUACGUCCAGUCAUAGCUGUAGGACAUCCAGAUACAAUUAAAGUUAUUUUAAAAUCUCAAGAACCGAAGGCUGGUGGUGGAAAUGGUUAUGAUCUGCUCAAACCUUGGCUGGGUGAAGGAUUAUUAAUAAGUAAAGGUAAAAAAUGGGAGAGAAACAGACGUCUUUUGACCUCGGCAUUUCAUUUUGAAAUUUUACAGCCAUAUAUUACUAUUUAUAACAGUGUGACAGAUAUACUCAUGGAAAAGUUGGAAAAAGAAUGUAAAAAUGGAGAAUUUGUAGAAGUGUUUACUCCAGUGAGUUUAGCCACACUGGAUACUAUGUUGCAAUGUGCCUUCUCAUACCAGGGAAACAUACAGAUUCUAGGUAACCAUCCGUAUGUUAGCAGUGUUAACAGAGUUAGUAAAUUACUUAUAGAGAGGUCCAUAACUCCCCUGCAUUUAAUAACUCUGAUAUAUAAAAUGACAGCGAAGGGAAAGGAAUUUUUUAAACUAUGUGACUACAUGCAUAAAUUCGCUGAGGGUGUCAUUGAAACUCGAAAAAAAGAUUUAGAGAAAGAAUCAAGUCAAGAAGAAUUAAAGAAAAAACGCCACCUUGAUUUUCUGGAUAUUUUACUUACAGCCCGCGACGAGAAUAAUCAGCCUCUUUCUGAUUUUGAGAUCAGGGACGAGGUCGACACGUUUUUAUUUGAAGGUCAUGAUACGACAGCGUCUGCUAUCAGCUGGUGUUUAUAUGGACUAGCUAAAUACCCAGAGUUGCAACAAAAAGUCUAUCAAGAUGUCAAAUCAGUUAUGGGUGAUUCUACAGACGUCAAAUGGAAACAUCUGAGUGAGUUCCAAUAUUUACCAAUAUUUAUCAAAGAAUGUUUACGAUAUUUUUCACCUGUGCCGGCAGUCAGUCGUCAGUUAGAGAAACCGAUGAUGUUAGACGGAGUUGAAAUACCCAAACAUACUGUAAUCGAUAUCAUGAUAAUUAAUCUACAUCAUAAUAUUCAUGUUUAUGAUAAUCCGUCCAAAUUUGACCCUGAAAGAUUCCGUAGUUCAGUUCUAGAUGGAAAAGAUCCUUAUGCUUUUGUUCCAUUUGCUGCUGGUCCAAGAAAUUGUAUUGGUCAGAAUUUUGCUAUGAACGAGAUUAAGACAGUCAUCAGUAAAAUAGUUCACAGAUUCCACAUUGAGUACGAUAAAGACAGAAUUCCAGAAUUACUACCCGAAUUAGUUUCUCGUGCCAAAUAUGGUUUAUAUUUAAAGUUUACUCCAAGACAAUAG